UUAAUUUUUGUUGUUUUUCUAUCCAAAAAAAGAUGUUUUAACACUUCCGUGGACUGUGUAUUGUGUUUUCGUUGGUUUUUUUUUGGGCGCAAAUGCAAAUUUCAAAUGUAAUUUCUUAAUGUCAACAAAUAAACCAACACCUAAAGUGAGAGAAAAGAAAAGAGCCAACGCCGCUGUCGACGCUGACGCUGACGGCGCUGUCGACGCUGUAAACAAGUGCAAUAUUAAUUAAGUGACGACCUAUCGAGAGAGUGAUAUUUACACACACAAAUACACACAUGCACACGCACACACAGACAGACAAAUAAUGUUAUAACAAGCAGAAAAGGAAGAAUACAACAAGCAAAAGCCGCAAUAGUCAACAUUUUUGGGUUUCCACUGUACUCGCAACGGGCAGCGCCAUGAAGCAGCAGCAGCUACAACAACAGCAGCAACAACGAAAGCAACAAAUGCUGCUUCUUUUUGGCAUUUUAACAAUAUUCUGGCCACAGGUGGCCAAUGGCGCCGAUUUGGUCAUCAGUGUGCCGAAUGCGAGCAGCAAUGACAAUGCCUUUUAUCGGAUCGACUACAGUCCGCCAUUUGGUUAUCCGGAACCGAAUACGACAAUACCGGCUAGUGAGAUAGGACAGGAUAUUAAAUUAUCUCGAGUGCUGCCCGGCAGCGAGUACAAUUUCUGGUUGUACUACACAAAUUCGACGCAUCGCGAGCUGCUCACCUGGACGGUGAACAUAACCACAGCACCCGAUCCGCCGGACAAUCUCAGCGUGCAGCUGCGGUCCAGCAAGAGCGCAUUCAUCACCUGGAAACCGCCCAGUACGGGCAAAUAUUCGGGGUUCAAGAUCAAAGUCUUGGGCCUGACGGAGCCGCCGCACAGCGAAUAUAAUCGCAGCUUCAUGCUGGCCGGCAAUGACACCCUGCAGCUGUCCGCCAAGGAGCUAACUCCGGGCGGCACCUAUCAGGUGCAGGCAUAUACCAUCUACCAGGGCAAGGAGUCGGUCGCCUAUACGAGUCGCAAUUUCACCACAAAGCCCAAUACGCCCGGCAAGUUCAUCGUUUGGUUCCGGAACGAGACGACGCUCCUGGUGCUGUGGCAGCCGCCGUAUCCGGCGGGUCUUUACACCCACUACAAGGUGUCCAUAACGCCGGACGAUGCCAUCGAGAGUGUGCUGUAUGUGGAGCGCGAGGGCGAGCCGCCCGGACCCGCCCAGGCCGCGUUCAAGGGCCUCGUGCCCGGCCGUGCCUAUAACAUAUCGGUGCAGACCGUCUCCGAGAAUGAGACAUCGGUGCCGACAACUGCUCGCUACCUGACCGUGCCGGAGCGCCCGCUGAACGUCAGCUUCGAUCCGCGCUACACGACAACCAGCUCGUUCCGGGUGCGCUGGGAGCCGCCGCGCACCUACAGCGAGUACGACAGCUUUCAGAUCUCCAUAUCGACGACACGGCGAGUGUUCACUGUGCCGCGCACCGAGGCGAGCAGCGUAUACUUUGACUAUCCCAAGAUUCUGGAGCCCGGCAAAAGCUACGAUGUGGUGGUCAAGACCAUAUCGGAUAAUGUCAACUCCUGGCCGGCGAGCGCAGAGAUAACGCUGCGUCCACGUCCGGUGAGAAGCUUGCGUGGCUAUCUCGACGAUCGCAGCAAUACGGUGCACCUGUCCUGGGAGCCAGCCGAGACGGGCAAACAGGAUAGCUAUCGCAUAAGCUACUACGAGAAGCUCAAUGAUACGGACGCGGCCUCGACGACGUCUCAGACGCUGGAGACGCCGCUAACGGAGUACCAACUGGCGCAGCUGCUGCCAGGCAGACGUUACCACAUCGAGGUCCAAGCCCUGUCCAAUGGCAUCAGCUCCAAUGCGAGCAGCCUGACGCGCGACACCCGGCCCGCCGCGCCCAUCAUCCAGGAGCUGCGCAGCAUAGCGCAGGGCCUGAACAUCAGUUGGCGCAGCGAUGUCAACUCGCAGCAGGAUCGCUACGAGGUGCACUACCAGCGCAACGGCACCAACGAGGAGCGCACCAUCAGCACCAACCGCACCAAUUUGGUCAUCAAGUAUCUGCAUCCCGGCUCCGGCUACGAGAUCAAGGUCUAUGCGAUCAGUCACGAUAUGCGCAGCGAGCCGCAUGCCUACUUUCAGGCAGUCUUUCCCAAGCCGCCUCGCAAUCUCACCCAGCGCACGGUGAACACAAAUCUGGUGCUGCUCAACUGGGUGCCGCCGGAGGGCAGCGAUUACAGUGAGUACGCGGUGCGCUAUCGGACCGCAGCCUCCACGUGGCAGCGUUUGCCCAACGUGCACGAGCCGCAGGCACGAAUCGAGGACAUGCACUACGGGGAGCGCUAUCUGGUGCAGGUGAACACGAUGAGCUUUGGCGUGGAGAGUCCCGCGCCGCUGGAGCUGAACAUCACGAUGCCGCCGCAGCCCGUGUCGAAUGUGGUGCCGCUGGUGGAUUCGCGUAAUCUGACGCUCGAAUGGCCGCGCGCAGACGGCCAUGUCGACUACUAUACGAUCAAAUGGUGGGCCACGGACGAGCCGCAGCUGGUGGAGUACAAGAACGUGACCCAGCUGAGCGAGCAGGAGCUCAGCUCGAGCAGCGUGCGCAUACCCAUUGAGGAUUUGGCGCCGGGUCGGCAGUACAAGUUCGAAGUGCAGGCCAGCUCCAAUGGCAUACGCUCGGGCACAACGCAUCUGUCGACGCGAACUAUGCCGCUCAUUCAAUCGGAUGUGUUCAUAUCGAAUGCCCACGAGCAGCAGCAACAGCAGGAGAAGGGGCAGGAUCUGCAGCCGGAGGAGGAGGCUGAGUCCAGCGAUAGCAUCACGUUGAACUACACGCCCACGCCCGCGUCGAGCACACGCUUCGACAUCUAUCGCUUCUCUCUGGGCGAUCCUUUGAUCAAGGACAAGGAAAAGUUGGCCAAUGAUACGGAACGUAAGCUCAGCUUUACGGGCCUCACGCCCGGUCGCCUCUACAAUAUAACCGUUUGGACUGUCAGCGGGGGCGUGGCCAGCCUGCCCAUACAGCGUCUCUAUCGCCUGCAUCCGCUGCCCAUUGCCGAUCUGCAGGCCACACAGCUGGACGCCAGAGAGAUUACGCUGCGCUGGACGGCGCCCGCCGGCGAAUACACAGACUUUGAGCUGCAGUAUCUGAGCGCGGAUGCGGACGCGCCGCAGCUACUGCAGAAUCUUACGACACAGACACAGUUGACGCUGCAGCGACUGCAGCCAUAUCACAAUUACACCUUCACCGUUUCGGUGCGUGCCGGCAGCGAGCUGGGCAGCGCCAUGAUGCGCACGAGUGCGCCAAUCUCGGCCAGCUAUCAGACGCUGCCGGCGCCGCCGGGCCGUGUCGAGUACUUCCAGCCCAGCGAUGUGCAGCCGGGCGAAAUCAGCUUCGAGUGGCUGCUGGCCGUGCAGGAGCAGCACGGACCGAUUGCCCACUAUCGCAUCAGCUGCCAGAAUGUGGACGACGCCUCCGAUGCGAGCAGCUAUGAGCUGCCCGCCAAUGCGACCCAGGCGCGCAUCGAGAACCUGGUGCCGGGCAACAGCUACAUCUUUCGCAUUCAGGCCAAAUCGGCGCUGGGCUACGGCUACGGCGUCGAGCGUGAGCAUCGCCAGCUGAUGCCCAUACUGGCACCACCGGCGCCAGCGGCCCACAUCAUGCCCGUCGAGAUGGGGCACAGCAGCACGACCAUACAGAUACGCUACCGUCAGAGCUAUUUCUCGAAUGCGCACGGCCUGGUGCGCUGGUAUACGAUCAUUGUGGCCGAGGAUGUCGGCAAGAAUGCCUCCGGCCUGGAGAUGCCCAGCUGGCAGGACGUGCAGUCGUAUACCGUCUGGCUGCCCUAUCAGGCCAUUGAGCCGUACAACCCGUUCGCCAAUGUCAGCCUGAGAAGUGCGGGCUUUGAGGAUUUCACCAUUGGCAGCGCCGGCUGCGAGAAGCAUCGCACCGGCUACUGCAAUGGUCCACUCAAAUCGGCGACCACAUAUCGCAUCAAGGUGCGCGCCUUUACCGACGAGGAUAAGUUCACGGAUACGGUGUACAGUGAACCGAUUACCACGGAUCGCGACGAUGUCCUCUGGCUGGCCAGCACCCUGGCCAUUGCCGUCUUCGUGCUGUGCCUGUUGACGGCAUUGGGCUACUAUCGGUAUCGCUGCCAUAGCAUGCGGCGCACCGCCAACAAGCUGGCCCGCAUGCCCGACGAGCUGACGGCCCUGCCCGAGGGCUAUAUAGCGCCAAAUCGGCCCAUUCAUGUCAAGGACUUUGCGGAACACUAUCGCCUCAUGUCCGCCGAUUCGGACUUUCGCUUUAGCGAGGAGUUUGAGGAGCUGAAGCAUGUGGGCCGGGAUCAGGCAUGCAGCUUUGCCGAUUUACCCUGCAAUCGGCCCAAGAAUCGUUUCACCAACAUUUUGCCAUACGAUCAUUCGCGAUUUAAGCUUCAACCCGUCGACGAUGAUGACGGCUCCGAUUAUAUAAAUGCCAAUUAUAUGCCGGGCCAUAAUUCGCCGCGCGAGUUCAUCGUCACGCAGGGACCGCUGCAUUCCACGCGGGAGGAGUUCUGGCGCAUGUGCUGGGAGAGCAACUCCCGGGCGAUUGUCAUGCUGACGCGCUGCUUUGAGAAGGGGCGCGAGAAGUGCGAUCAGUACUGGCCCAUCGAUCGUGUGCCCAUCUUCUAUGGGGAUAUUAAAGUGCAGCUCAUUACCGAUACGCACUUCCUCGACUGGUCCAUAGCCGAGUUUAUGGUCUCCAGGAAUUGUGAAUCGCGCAUUAUGCGGCACUUUCACUUUACCACCUGGCCGGACUUUGGUGUGCCGGAACCGCCGCAAUCUCUGGUGCGAUUUGUGCGCGCCUUCCGUGACGUCAUCGGCACCGAUAUGCGACCCAUUAUCGUCCACUGCAGCGCCGGUGUGGGCAGAUCGGGCACAUUUAUAGCACUGGAUCGAAUACUGCAGCACAUCAACAAGUCUGACUAUGUGGAUAUCUUUGGCAUUGUGUUUGCCAUGCGCAAGGAGCGCGUCUUCAUGGUGCAAACGGAGCAGCAAUAUGUGUGCAUACAUCAGUGCCUGCUGGCGGUGCUGGAGGGCAAGGAGCAUCUGCUUGCCGAUUCGCAUGAGCUGCACGAGAACGAUGGCUAUGAGGUGACUAAAAUUUACUUAGAGCGCCCCAAGCCACAGCCGUUGCAGGCCGCCGCCGCCGGCAGCAGCCCGUUGCAUGCAACGCCGUUGCGUGCCUCACUGGCCCUCGCCGAGGAGCUGGACAGGGAGCUGGAACUGGAACUGGAGCAGCAGCAGCAGCUAGAUGAAGAUGAUGAAGAUGAAGAUGAUGAUCAGCAGCCUUUGAACAAUGAGACAACAGCUACUCUGUCCACGGCCAGCAGCAGCAGCAACAGCAGCAGCAACAGCAGCAGCAGCAGCUUAGGCAGCAAGAGUCAGCAACAACAACAACAACAACAUUGUGUACAGCAGACAGCAACAGCAACAACAACAACAAACAUUUGCACUAGCACUCAAUCAGACACAGACACUGAGGAUGAGGAUGGUGAUGGUAUUGAUAAGAGUCCGCUUUUAGAUGACGAAGGCAUUGCCGAAACAGGCAUUUGAGAGAGAGAGAGAGAGAGAGAGAGUGAUAGCAAGCGAGAGAAAGAGAGAGAGCCAGUCAAAACCAGAGAGAGUGAGCUGAAGAUAUAUGAAGACUUGCUGCGGAUAUUUAUGCAUAUAUAUAUAUUUAUAUAUACAUAUAUACAAAAUACAUAAUUAUAAGCCUAGCAUAAGCACAUAUAUAUAUUAUAUAUACACACGUCGUAUAUAUAUAUAGCUAUAUACAUAGUUAAUAUAACAAACAAAACAAAAAAACAAAAACACGAAAAAUAUUCUGCCUGUGAUGUGCUGGAUGUGAUUUGUCUAGAAUUUUGGCAGAAGCGUUAACAAACCCGCAACAACAACAGGAGCCUGCAGAGUCGAGGCUGCGCUACAGAAAGAGAGCGAGAGAAAGAGAGAGAGACAGAGAGAGAGAGAGAGUUUCUCCUCGUUUGCCAUACGCGCCUCCAGCCAAGUUAAUGCCGCCAAUUAGACCAAAACAACAGAGCGUUUAAUCUUAAGUAUCAGGUAUAAUUAGCUAUUCUUUUAUACUUAAAAAAAAAACAAAAGCAAAACAUAAUACAACUUCUAUUUUUGUAUGCUACUAUUAUUGUAAGCUUAAAGAACAAUAUAUGCUCCUAUAUACAUAUGUAUAGCUACUUAUAUGUUUUAUACCAUAUGUUACACUAUAUAUACAUAUAUAUCUAUAUAUAUUAUACUAUGAGCUAGUAUUUUUUUUAAAUAACUAUUUUGUAAAUUGUGUGUGCCUGUAUAUGUAUUUGUAUUAUCUUAGCUCUAUUUACAAAUAAUCUUUUGUAUUAACUAUUUAACGUUCAUUUCGAGUUGUAUUUUAUUUGUUUUUUUUUUUUUAUUAUAUUUUAAUUUUGCUUUUGUAUUUUAGUUAAUAUAUAUAUGAAUAUUUAAAUUGAAUAGUUGUGCAUUUUGUUGUUGCUGUUUUUCUCGUCAAUGUCGAGCUGUCAAUCAAUCAAAUUACUUUAUUUUUGCCCAAUGAUCAAUGGACUUAACUAUAUUUACAUAUAGUCAAUCAGUCAAUCAAUCAAUCUGUGCUUUGUAUAUGUCUCGAUGCUAAUUUUUUAGAGUGUGCAAUAAAUUUUAGAUAUAGACAUAUAUCACAAUCGUAUUAACUGAACAACAACAGCAACAAAAUUGUCAUUUUAAUUGUAUAGCAUUUAUUUUUGCAUUCAAAACAGAAAAGAUAAACACAAAAACCAGAACAGAGUGCAGCACAAAGCGAAAACAAUAAAAAAUGCUAUCGAGAAAUGUA